AUGCUUCCAGACAAGUCAGUGUUCCCCGUGUUGCCUGGAGGUCAAGCUGUUAACCCCCAUCCGCCUCUUAGAUAUGUCGGACUCAUCUUAGCCAUUGUUUCCACCAUGGGAAUCGGCACAAGCUUUGUUAUUACGAAAUUGGGGUUGAAUCAUGCAUCGGAGCGUCAUGGCUUUGAGGGCGAAGGAUUCUCAUAUUUAAAGAGUCCCGUGUGGUGGGCUGGUGUCUCUCUACUGGGACUCGGCGAAGUGGCCAACUUUGCAGCUUAUGCAUUUGCGCCCGCGAUUCUGGUCACCCCGUUGGGUGCGCUCAGCGUGUUAAUCGGGUCGGUUCUCGGCUCGUACUUUCUCAAGGAGAAACUGGGGGUGUUGGGUAAACUGGGAUGUGCGAUGUGUCUGUUGGGCUCGGUCAUUAUUGUUCUGCAUGCGCCGCCUGACAAGCAGGUCGACACCGUCAAUGAGAUUUUGGGAUAUGCUGUUCAGCCAGGGUUCCUCGUCUAUUGUCUGGCAGUUGCAAUCUUCUCCACGCUGAUGAUCUAUCGCGUUGCCCCGGUCUACGGCAAGAAGAAUCCUCUGAUCUACAUUUCAAUCUGCUCCACUGUUGGGUCGGUCUCGGUCAUGUCUGUGAAGGCGUUCGGCAUUGCGGUCAAGUUGACUUUUGCGGGCAAUAACCAAUUCGUACAUGCCUCGACCUAUGUCUUUGCCAUCGUGACUGGAUUCUGCAUUCUGACACAGAUGAACUAUUUCAACAAGGCGCUGAACUCUUUCUCCACCUCGAUUGUGAACCCGCUCUACUACGUUACCUUCACAACCGCGACCCUUUGCGCUUCCUUCAUUCUGUUCAAGGGCUUUAACACCACAGAUGCCGUCAACACAAUCUCUCUGCUCUGUGGAUUCCUCAUCAUCUUCACCGGAGUCUACCUCCUGAAUCUGUCACGCCACGACCCCGAUGGACACCACCUGGUGAAUUCCAAGUUGGACGAAGACGGGGUGCCCACGGAUGCCAUUGCAAGCUUCCAAACUCGCCGCUCGAUGCAGUCCCGCCGCAGCUCCUCGAGCGCAUUCCUCAACGGAAACGGCGAUCGUGAGGGGCUUAUUCACGCGUACGACGUGGAGCACGGCAUCAACAUGAAUAAUUUUGAGGGAAGCGAUGGAGAGCCAGGGCCGACGUUGCCACGUACCGACAGGCAGACUGUGAAGCACACCAAGCAGAACAGUCAACUCUAA